AUAAGGAAUGCACUGAGCUGAACAUUUCAAACGCAGAAAACAGGAGACUGAACCAUUUUUAAUAAACGUUCAUCUUGGAGAAAUUCUUAUCGACGUGUUCGUUAAGAGUGGGAAAACGUUUUGAUGGCACAUAAACUUUCAAAGCAAUCCAUUAUUCUGAAGGGCAAAAGAUACUUUGCCUGUCGACGUGGCUGAAUAUGAAAGGCACGAUUGCGCCCUCUGCCUGUAUUUGGAGCAACUUUUAAUCCAGUUUUGUCCUUCCCCUCUUAUUUGAUGAAAAUAACAAGGAGAGCAACUGAGACCAAAAACUUUAUAUAAUGUAAAGAGUCAGGGGCUCACGAAAAAAGGCAAAUUAGUUUUUCCGCCAAAUGGUUUCCAGGAUACUCCCACGGCGGUUGGGGCCAACUUUUUCCGCCUGUUCAAUUCAUGGGCGGGAAAAGGAAACAAUGGGUGUGAGUUCUUUCACUUUCAGAAUUGCCUCCGAAGCUGGAACUGCUGCUGUGUCUUCAGCUUUUCCCUUCCCCGUCAUCGCUGCCCAGUAUCAGCUGAGGGAGCAUGGCAGACAAGAAGUUGAAAGAAGUGCGUGCAGAGUUUAUAAAGCGUGUUAACAAAUCUAUAAUCAGGCAACUCUUAGAUGAUCUGCUCAGUAAGGAUAUCAUGGAUGAUGAAGAGGUGGAAGGAGUGAAUGUGUACGAUAAGACGCAAGAUCAAGCAAGAAUUAUGAUCGAUAAUGUGAGAAAAAAGGGGCCUGAAGCUAGCCGCCUCUUUAUUGACUUCCUCCUGGCCCGAAAUGCUUACUUAGCUGGACAGCUGGAUCUCCAAACCUUUCCUGCUGUUAGCCAGCCAAUAAAAGGUAACAUCUCAGAGGAAGAGGUCCAGUUCCUAGAAUCUAAAAACGGGAUCAGGCUUUGUCCUCAGAAUAUAUUUCAGCAAAUACAGACUAAUGAAGGCACCGAGAUCUACCCUAUCAAGGAUCCCAAGACUCGUACGCGCCUGGCCUUGAUAAUCUGCAAUAUCAAAUUUGAUUACUUGGGUUAUAGAUACGGGGUUGAGAUAGACUUGGAACAGAUGACACUUCUCCUAGAAGAUCUGGGAUACAAUGUGGAAACAAAGACCAAUUUAAGCUCACAGGAUAUAAACACUUGCUUGCAGAAGUUUGCAGCUCGGGAAGAGCAUAAGACUUCAGAUGGGAUGUUUGUGGUACUGAUGUCUCAUGGCUUUCAGGACAUCCUUUGUGGAGUCCAUUCAGGAAACCAACACUCUGACAUCUUCCCCAUCAAAACUGUCUUCUCCAUCUUCAACAACAUAAAUUGCCCAGCUUUGAGGGGAAAGCCCAAGGUGGUCAUUAUUCAAGCAGGUCGUGGUGAGCAACGAGGGUACAGGGUGGAAAACGUGGAAGACUCAGCUGCAUCGGCUGCUGCCUCUCUCCAGCUUGAUUCACACAACCCCAUGCAAUGGCAAGUUGAUGCCAUUCAGAGAGUACAUGUGGAGAGUGACUUCAUCUGCCUAUAUUCCACCACCCCUAAUAAUUUAUCCUGGAGACACACUCAAACGGGAUCAUUCUUCAUCAUCCAGCUAAUAGAUACUAUCAAGAAACAUGCCUGGAAUUGCAAUUUGGAAGAGAUCUUCCGGAAGGUGAUGGACCAUUUUGCAAGCGACCCACGUAAUAUGCCCUCAAAGGAGAGAACCACCUUGACCAAAAAGCUCUACCUCUUCCCAGGACAUUGAAGCCAGAUGAAGGAGAAACUACUGGGCCUAAAAGCAGAUAAUUCUUUCAGAUAUAUGGAAGAUACAUGGAUUGACCACACCUUGUACUUUCUCCACCUUAUUCCUCAUUGUAAAAUUCAAUCAACCCCUUUUUGGAAAUGUAUGUGAUUUGUGUCUUUAAAAUUAAUGGAAUUAGCCAUUAAAGCAUAAUGAGAUUUAUGAAAAUAGUUACAGUUUGUCCUCCUGUCAACUUACAGGCAUGGGAAUUUACAAUAGCCCCACAUGAAUAAACACUUACAAUGAAUGGUCUGUCUCAAAUACAGGCUAUUCGGGAAUUACUGGUAGUUCCCUUAAAAUUUCCUCAAAUUAAUUCAAUUGAAAUUUCACCCAACUGAUCAGGAAUUAAUACAAAAAAUCUAUAUAUGCGCAGAGAUGGACAAAUUAACUCUAGAGUUACAGGAUAAGGAAGACUCAAAAUACUUUAAAAUAUGGAAUAGCUGGUACCAGUGGAUAAAUCAGAGGAGGGGGAAUGGUUAAAGAUGAAAUUCAGAAGAAAUCAGUAUAAAUAAACAACUGCACUGUCAGAGAGAUACAAAAGGAAAUAAGCCACUGUGCGUAUGUAUAUAUGUAUAUAUAAUAAUAGAAAGUAGUUAAUAGAUGAAGUUGAGUACUGUAUAUGUACUGUAUAUGUAUAUGUAAUUUGUGUUUUUGAUUAAGAGAAACUUGUAUGUUUUUCUUAUAUUUGUUUUAAAUGUUUUUUUUAAAUACGAAUAAAGUUUGUUUUUAAAAUUUAAAAAAAGAAAAGAAAAGAAAUUUCACCUAGAUGAAGAAACAAUUGGGAAUAUGUUCUCAGUAAUUCCCAUGACAAAGUCCAAUUAAAGAAUAGCUUAAAGGUU